CCCCUUCUCCUCGAGAGCGGAGGGGGGAGGAGAGAGAUCCUUAAAAGCUCCAACGACUACCUGAAAGUCGCUGUUGGUUGACCAAGCUCGACCGCCCCUGUUCUUACUUUCCAGCCCAAGCCGUGUUGCGAGGAUAAACUUAAUAGCUCCCCGCGACGCCAAGAGUGCUUCGUGGCGUGUGUGCGUGUGUAUCUGUGCUCGCGUCCGUGUGCGCAUCCUAUCCCUAGGCAAUCGAGGCGUCAGCAGAAGACAUCGCUAUGACGGCAAAGGCCCGGCGUGUGGCCGUCAUUGGCGCGGGUCCGUCAGGCGCCAUCGCCACGGACGCACUAGUCAAGGAGCAGGCCUUCGACACCAUCCGCGUGUUCGAGCGGCGGCCCGGCGUUGGCGGCACCUGGAUCUACACACCACACCUACCCGCGGCGAUCCCGUCCCUUGGCGACCUGGUCUCGGGCGACGCCGACGUUACCGUGCCGGUACCACCCGUGCUCCCGGCCGUCACUCCGGCGUCCGAGGAGAUCAACGGGCACCAGCACCGGUUCUCCGACACUCCCCUACAUGAGCACUUGCACAGCAACAUUACGCCUGCGCUCAUGAGCUACACCCAAGAGCCCUUCCCCGACAGGCUCUCGGCCCGGACGCUCGCCGACCACGGCCCCGGCGCCCCCUUCCGCCACCACGCCGUCAUCCGCGAGUGGGUCGAGGGCAUCUUCGCGCGCGGCGGCCACGACAAGCUCGUCGAGCUCGGGACCACCGUCGAACGCGCCGAGAAGGUUGCCGGCGAAUGGGUCCUAACGCUGCGCAAGGAGUCGCAGGGCCGCAACCUCUGGUGGCGCGAGACGUUCGACGCCGUCGUCGUCGCCAGCGGCCAUUACAACAUCCCCUGGUUCCCCAGCGUUCCGGGGCUCGUCGAGUACGACCAAAAGUUCCCCGGCCGGAUCCUGCACAGCAAGCACUUCCGCACGGCGUCGAAGUUCAAGGGGAAGCGCGUCGUCGUCGUUGGGGGCUCGAUCUCGGCGCACGAGGUCGUGCACGAGAUCAUAGGAUUCGCCGAGUCGCCCGUGUAUGCGUCGCUGCGCGGGGAUCCGAUCCCGGCGUUCGGGUGGGAGCCGUUCCUGCACCCGGACAUCGUGGUGAAGAAGCAGAUCUCGAAACUUGACCCGGAGACGGGCCGCGUUCACUUCGCCGACGGCUCCUCCCUUGACGGCGUUGAUCACAUCGUCUUCGGCACCGGCUACACCUUCAGCCUGCCCUACCUACCCCACGUCCAGAACCGCAUUCGCAACGCUUACCGCCGCCUGCCCGGUGUCUACCAGCACACCUGGGAUAUCGAGGAUCCCACCCUGACCUUCGUCGGAAUGCUCGGGGGCGGGUUCACUUUCCGCGUGUACGAGUGGCAGGCCGUCGCGGUGGCACGGCACCUCGCGGGACGGGCGAAAGCGCUACCGUCGAUCCCGGAGCAGCUCGAGUGGGAGCGGAAGCGCGUCGCUGAGCGCGGCGGCGGCAAGGACUAUUACUCGAUCGCGCCCAAUUACAAGGAGUUCUUCGAGUUCCUGCGUGGGAUCGCCGGCGAGCCGGCCGCGGGGACUACGGGCCGUGUCCUGCCGCCCUUCGACGACAGCUGGCUCGAGAUUUGGACCGGAAUGGUGGUUAAUAAGAUAGAGGGCUUCCAGCGCAAGAGGAAGAGGGCCGAGGAGGCGAGAGCGGCCGCCGUGAAGGCGAAGCUGUGACGUGCACCCGUACGAGGACGUACGUACACCUGCGGAAACGAAA